AUGAGGCUAUCCAUAUCAUGUGAUGCCUGUCGGCGAGCAAAGGUGAAAUGCGUCCAUGAAGGGACCCCACCUUGUCGAAGAUGUCAAAAAGCCAAGACCGAUGACUGCGUCUUAACGGAUCCCCGGGAAUCAAGGCCCAAAAAAGGCAACGGCGUAGUCAAAUCGACGUCCUCGCGAAAGCGAAAAGCUACCGCCAAUUCAUCGUCUGCACCGGAGGGUGGCCAUAACACAACUCGGAGAAACUCUCGCAAUGUCAAGGAUGUUCCUGAGGAUCCAAUCGCGUCCUUGUCUGCGUCGACAAUCAUUAGUGCGGUUGAGAUUUAUCGGAAGAAAUUCCCGAUUGCGAACUUUUUGCAUUACCCUUCACUGAUAUCAGAUAUCUCGUCAAAUCUUGAGUCGGUAGAUCCAGUUUUUAUUGCUUCGCUUCUCUCACUAUGCGUGCGCUUCAUGAGCGGCGAUGGGUUGGAAGACGAGGAGACGUAUGCGGGGUACGCGCAGAAACAUCUUGCACAUCGUGUGAUGGAGGCCCCUUCACUUUAUCUCGCUCAGUCUUUGGUUAUGAUCUCGUUUUACGAAUGGGGCACUGGUAGGCCCUAUCAGGCUUGGAUGUAUAGUGGGAUGGCCACAUAUAUGAUCCAGUCACUUCUAAAAAUGGCAGACGACAGCAUGGAAUACAGUCCACACGAAUUCCAUGCAUCUCAAACCCAAUACGAGCAGCUUGUUCGAACUUAUUGGUGCUGCUUCGCACAGGACUGUGAGCUGAGCUCAGGUGCUCGGCAACAUUUCGCGCUAUCAUUUUCUCAAAUAUCAGUCCCGCUUCCUAUCAGUGACCGCGACUUCACGUUCAAUCAAUUACCAGAAAGGAGGCUGAUGCCAGUUGACAUGAACAAGAAAUGUCCCGAAGCAAACAACCUGACAAUUGAGAAUGGCCUCGCCAUAGUAAUCAGAGGGUUCGAUAUCUUUGUCCGGAUUCUUAGAUUUGCCAACGAACACCGGCGCUCUUUGGCAUCUUUCAACUCCGAUGAAUCGCCAACCUCACCCCUCCAUAAAACUUGGCAUCGGCUCAAAUCUGAGCUGGACGAAUGGCGGUCACUUCAAGAUAGGACUGUCAGAUACCCUGAUACUAGUGCCCAGGCUCAUGUCGCUUUGGGAUAUGGAGAAUUGUUUGCAUAUAUCAAUCUGCUUUAUUUCAUGAGCAUCGUCUUCCUCCACCGUGAUCGCUUUCUGUCUAAUCUCAAGCCGCACUCCGAUGUUUUCCACGACAUGACCGACGAUGAUCAAUAUCAUCCUGACACAAUUCAACAACUAUUUGAAGCUGCACAGCAUAUCAGCAGCAUUUUGUCAGCACUGGAAGCCUCCGAGGCAUCCGUGAUGACCCCUUACUCGGGAUUUAGCGUCUUCGUUGCUGCACACAUUAACAUGUAUGGGACUCUCGUUCCCCAACGAUAUCCAGGAGGACUCGAUAGAGCAGAGGACGAAAAGGCACAUAACAUGAUGUACCUCGAACGACUGAGUACAUUGUGGCCGGUUGGUCGAAGCUGGUGGCGAACCGUGCAAGAUGCGAACCGAUUCUACGAGACUGUGAAAAGCACCCAGACACACCCAGAAUCGGGCAUGCACAGCCCCAGGCGGUUUGCAUUGGCGGGUGGCUUGGACGAAUAUGGUGACAUCCGUUCACGUCCAAAUCGUGAGCUACAUACAACCAAAGCAAUGACGGCGGAGGCUCGAGGAGUACAUAGCACGCACCAGGCACAUGGGCCAACAGUUUCAUCCCCUGGCAACGAAAGCGAAGUCGCAUUUUUCCAAAAAGAUCAAAGUGCCACAGGAAGUCAUCCUGAUCUUGAGACUGACAUGUUUCAAUGGCCUUUCAUCGAUGCGUCUUGGUCUGUCGGGUUUGACUCUGGGUUGGAUGGACUGUGGCAUCACUCAGGAUUGUUUGAUCCGAACUCUGCGAUGAGGUAG